AUGGAUACAAUAAUUCAUCGUCUUUUUCAAAAUCUUUAUAUUGUUAUAAUAUCCAUUAUGUCGAUGUUUAAUGUUCCAUUAAUCUAUAUGAUUGAUACAAAUGAUGAACAUAAUAUGAAUGAUCAUGAUGAAAACACAAUAAAUGAAUCCACGGAUAAAUAUUCUGAAACAGUUACUGAAAUACCAUUUGAUCCAGCUGUACAGGCUGGAAGCCUACAAACAGAUAUGCGCAUUGUACACACUCAUAAUCAAAAUAAUGUGAGAUUUGGACAAACUCAACCUUGUCAUUCAGUCGAACUAUUAUUUCUUAAGAUUCAGAAAUUGAUCAAUGGAAGAUAUUUUUGUAUAUUUCUUAUGUGUCUCGGUGUUUGUAUUUACUAUAAACAAUAUAAUCCGAACAUCGUAUUAUCAAGUAAUGAAUGUUUACAAAUACAUGACAAGCUAAUGCUUAUGGCAUUAAAUAAUACUUAUCAAGAUUUUAUCAUGAAAGAAGAAAAUGUUAUUAUUAAUGAUAAAAUCAAUAGUUCUGUAAAAGAUAAUAAGUCAAAUGUCAAAGACAUAUUAAAGACAAUAUCUGGAAUAACAAUAGUCGAUAAUUUAACAUGUACAUUAUAUGAUGCAUUUUUAUAUGGUUUUACUCCACCGUUUUGUUGGAAAGAUGAUAUCAAAAAUUUUACUCCAGCUGGACCACCAGAUGAUAUACAUUCAUUUUAUGAUAGUAAUGAAAAGAAUCCAAUGAAUAUUGUUAAGAAUAGUAUUGAUACUGUCAAAAAAGCAGAUAAAUUAUUAUCAUGUUUGAAAAAAAUCUUUAAUGAUAUUCUUAAUAAAGAACAAUCACGUCAAAAAUGUCUUAUAAAUGAACAAGUUAUCUCAAAAACUGUACCGAUAGAUGUAUUAUCUGAUCAGAUAUCUCAAGAUGGAGAAAAUACUAUUAAUGAAGAUAAAGUCGAUCAUGAAGAACUGAUAC